AUGGGUGUCUUGGGUUUAACCAGCUUUAUAGAUGAUACUGGAGAGAUUUUAACAGAUUAUCACUUCAGAAACAGCAAGCUGGUCAUAGAUGGCACUAAUCUCUACCUCUCUCUUUUUUUUAAAUCAUGUUUGGAUCAGAAGCAUGGAGGGGAUUAUGAUGAUUUUGAGGACCAGGUCUGCAAGUUCUUUAAGGCUCUGAGAGAUUGUGGCAUUGAACCUUAUGUGAUUAUAGAUGGAGGCUCUGACUUUUCCGAUAAAAAGUUUGAAACUCUCCUCCACCGAGUUCAAUCAACGCUCAACACAGCCAACAACUUGUCCAAGGGGCUUUGGGGGUGCGGUUUACUACCAAUCCUCAUCAAACAAGUCUUCAAACAAGUCCUCUCCAGCCUGAAGGUGCCAUUCGUACAGUGCAUCUUUGAAGCAGACCAAGAAAUAGCCUCCUUGGCUCAAAGGUGGAACUGUCCGGUCCUGUCCUAUGACAGUGACUUUUAUAUUUUUGACAUCCAGGCAGGAUAUCUGCCCAUCUCCCAUUUUAAGUGGCACAACGCAUCGACGCAACGCUGGAGUACUCAAAAUUACAUCCCCUGCAAGCGGUACACCACAACAAGCUUCUGCAGACACUUCAACAUCAACAGACAGCUUCUCCCAGUCUUCGCUGCCAUUGCAGGAAACGACUAUGUCAACUUGGAUAAGAUGGGCUUUCCCAUUAGGUGGGAAGACAACUCGCCGAUUGAACCCAAUCGAAAUCCAAGGGUUGUCUUUUUCAACAAGUUGCUGAAAUGGCUGGCCAGUUUCCAGGAGCAGCAGGAGGCCUUGGACAAUGUGCCCAGACUCAUCGUUUCUAGGAACAACCAACACAACAUGGAUGCUGCCCUCCAGGCCCUCUCUCUGAGCAUAGAGACAUACCAGCUUCAACCCGGUUGCCUGGAGCAGUUCUUCAUUAAAGACAAUGCUCCUGAUCCCGGCCAUCUCCCAGACCAUCUGAGUGUCCUUCCAGACUGGACCCUGCUGCCGUUGAUGAAGGGGACACUUCCGUCCCUGCAUAAUAUACAUUCUGCAGCUGAGGCCAGUGAUACAGGGAGUCCAAGUUGA